AUGGCAGAGGCAGUAGGACUCGCCCUCAGCGUACUGCCAAUCGUCAUCUGGGCCCUGGAAAAGUACUCGGAGCCGUUCGAGGCCUACAGCGACUACCACAAUGCCAUUAGCACGCUACAGGCCAACCUACAGAUCCAGCGGAUGCAUCUCGAGGCCACUUUUCAGAGCAUUGGCCUGCGGCACCCGACGCCUCGCGAGCUGCAUGAGUGCUUGCAGCAAAAGUUUCCGCAGAACCACAGCGAGCUGCUGUUUAUUAUUCGGCAGAUGGAUGGCUUGAUGCUGGGGCUGAUGGAGAAUCUGCAAGUAGACAUAAGCCGAAAACCCCUCUGGACUCGCGAAUCUCCCGAAAGAGCAGCAUGGGAAUGGCGUCGCGUCAAGCGCAGUUUCCGCGCAAAGAAAUGCGACAGGAUCAUCCACGACCUGCGCAACUGGAACGACGACCUACGGCAUCUCAUCAACAGCGCAGAAACCCUGCCCGAUGACGAGAGCUACGCCGUGAGGAGAGUCAGGCGGCUCUACAAUCGAAGCAACUGCGAAUCUGUACGCGGCACUCUCAGAUCCCUCCACCGGGCUCUGCAGUGCGGGCUGAGCGGCGAUGGCGCCCAGUGUCAUCAAGUCUGCAUAGAGCUGAAUAGUCUUCAUGUAGGAGGCUUUCCGCUACUGACGUUUCGCAUCGGGAUUCAGCACAAUCCAAAUGGACCUCAGACCUCUUCUCCAUGGAAACUCUUCUACGCCGCUGGCGAGGCAGUCAAAGAGACCUCGGGAGCGAUAUCACCGCCACUUUCAUUAUCCAGGCCCUCGACGCUUCGAUCACGCCAAUCUUCUUAUUCGCAGGGACUGCGGGAUAGGGCUUAUACCAGUGUGGAAGACGCUUCCAUUACAUCUGCUACGCCAAUACUACCAGAAUGCAUCACAACACGCUCUCGACCAAUAACGAACCUCUGCAAGAAACUGGAAGCCGCUCCCACCGGAGAAGUAUUCGGUUCCAUCAAAGAUCUCGACGACCCUUCAGCGCCUCAUGAGCGAACAUUCUCAUUAAAUCACCUAUCUCGAAAUCACGACACAGUAAUACGAGACGUCUCACUUGAAAAGAUCCUCGCCACAGAGUCCCAGCGAGUAGCCCCCGCCAUCCAACCUCUCUCCGCAAAGAGGCGAUAUGGCAUCGCCGCAUCUCUCGCCUGGGCAGUCCUAUAUCUCGCAGACAGCCCCUGGCUCACACAAGGCCUGGACAGACGAAAAAUCAAACUAUUCCUCCAGAAAAAGCAAUCCAGCGGCUACAUCAGCCUUUCCGAAAAAGCAUACCUCUCAUGCCUCAUCUCAAAACCAACGUCUCUACCAUCGCCAGCAUCAUCCACCACCUCCUUACGAAAAGGCACCCCCAAGAAUCUCAUAUUCGAACUGGGAAUCCUCCUCAUCGAGCUCGCCGUCAACCAAUCCUUCAGCGAGGAAUCCCUUUCCGCAAUUCUCAAAGACGACUUUCGCCCGCUAAAACUACACCUUAACCGCGUGGAGCAAGAGGCCGGGAUUUAUUACUUUAAUGCCGCGCAGCGAUGCGUGUACGGCGUCUUUUUAGCGGAUCAGGGACAGAUGGACUUUGAUCUGGAAAAGUUCCAAAACGAGUUUUAUAGUACAGUUGUAGCGCCUUUGCAAGCGACGUAC